AUGGCCUCAGUGGCUGCAGGGUUCUGGGGUUCGGCCACCUGCUGCUCUCACUCCAAACUCUCCAGAACCAGCAGCCUGAAACUGGGCCGAGGCCGUUCGCCAUCGUCCAUGUUGUCCGGCCGGAGGUGUUCAGGAGUGUCCGGUCUCGGGGGUGGAGCCGUGUCCCCGGGGCCCGUGGUGGCAGAGGUGGCGGUGGAUCCCAGUAGUGGUGGCGGCGGCGGCAGGUCAGGGGCCGGAGAGGCCAGCAGGGAGCUGUUUGAGGCCUGUCGCAGCGGGGACCUGGAGAGAGUUCGUAAAAUGGUGAUGGCUGAGAACGUGAACAGUCGGGACACGGCGGGGAGGAAGUCCACGCCACUGCACUUCGCUGCAGGUUUUGGUCGUAAAGACGUGGUGGACUUCCUCCUCCAGAACGGAGCCAAUGUCCACGCCAGGGACGACGGAGGGCUGAUUUCCCUCCACAACGCCUGCUCCUUCGGCCACGCUGAGGUGGUGAGUUUGUUGCUUCAUCAUGGCGCGGACGCAAACGCCAGAGACAACUGGAACUACACUCCGCUUCAUGAGGCAGCCAUCAAGGGCAAGAUCGACGUGUGUAUAGUGUUGCUGCAGCACGGAGCCGAGCCGACCAUCAGGAACACAGACGGUCGAACUGCUCUGGAUCUGGCAGAACUCUCCACCAAAGCAGUGCUGACAGGUGAAUACAGAAAAGAUGAGCUUCUGGAGAGCGCCAGGAGCGGGAACGAGGAGAAGCUGAUGGCUCUGCUGACGCCGCUCAAUGUCAACUGUCACGCCAGUGAUGGACGAAAGUCGACGCCCUUGCACCUGGCGGCCGGAUACAACCGGGUCAAGACAGUCCAGCUGUUACUGCAGCACGGCGCUGACGUGCACGCCAAGGACAAGGGGGACCUGGUUCCUCUUCAUAACGCCUGUUCAUACGGUCACUAUGAGGUCACUGAGCUGCUGGUGAAGCACGGAGCCUGUGUUAACGCCAUGGACCUGUGGCAGUUCACUCCUCUACAUGAAGCUGCUUCCAAGAACCGAGUGGAGGUGUGUUCUCUCCUGCUGAGCUACGGAGCUGACCCCACCUUCCUGAACUGUCACAAUAAAAGCUCCAUUGACCUCGCCCCGACCUCUCAGCUGAAAGAGCGGCUCGCCUAUGAGUUCAGAGGUCACAGCCUGCUGCAGGCGGCCCGGGAGGCCGACGCGGUUCGAGUCAAGAAGCAUCUGAGCCUGGAGACCAUCAACUUCAAACACCCGCUCACUCAGGAGACGGCCCUGCAUUGUGUGUCUGCCUCUCCGUACACGAAGAGGAAACAAGUGUGUGAACUUCUGCUGAGGAAAGGAGCCAACGUCAACGAGAAAACGAAGGACCUGCUGACUCCUCUCCACCUGGCGUCAGAGAAAGGCCACAACGACGUCAUCGAGGUGUUGGUCAAACACGAAGCCAAGGUGAACGCGGUGGAUCACCUGGGUCAGACGGCGUUGCACCGGGCCGCUCACUGCGGACACCUGCAGACCUGCAGGCUGCUGCUGAACGCCGGCGGUGACCCGCUGCUCACGUCGCUGCAGGGCCUCUCUCCCUCACAGCUGGGCAACAAGAGCGUGCAGGAGAUACUGCAAGAGGGAGUUCUCAUCGGGAACUCGGAGGUCGACCGUCAGCUGCUGGAAGCCUCCAAAACUGGAGAUCUGGAAACUGUCAAGAAGCUCUGUACGGUGCAGAAUGUGAAUUGCAGGGACGUGGAGGGUCGACAGUCGACGCCGCUGCAUUUCGCCGCCGGCUACAACCGUCUGGCUGUCGUCCAGUUCCUGCUGCAGCACGGAGCCGACGUGCACGCCAAGGAUAAAGGAGGUCUGGUCCCGCUCCAUAACGCCUGCUCGUACGGUCACUAUGAGGUGGCGGAGCUGCUGGUUCUUCACGGAGCCGUGGUCAACGUGGCCGACCUCUGGAAGUUCACUCCGCUGCACGAAGCCGCCGCCAAGGGCAAAUACGACAUCUGUAAACUCCUGCUGCAGCACGGCGCCGACCCGACCCGGAAGAACCGGGACGGUAACACCCCCCUGGACCUGGUGAAGGACGCCGACACGGACAUCCAGGACCUGCUGCGGGGCGACGCCGCCCUGCUGGACGCCGCCAAGAAGGGCUGCCUGGCUCGAGUGAAAAAACUCUGCACACACGACAACGUGAACUGUAGAGACACACAGGGGAGACACUCCACACCACUGCACCUGGCUGCGGGCUACAAUAACCUGGAGGUGGCUGAGUACCUGCUGCAGCACGGAGCUGAGGUCAACUCUCAGGACAAAGGAGGACUGAUUCCUCUGCACAACGCUGCCUCCUACGGGCACGUGGACGUGGCGGCUCUCCUCAUCAAGUAUGACGCCUGCGUCAACGCCACCGACAAGUGGGCGUUCACGCCGCUGCACGAGGCCUCUCAGAAGGGCCGGACGCAGCUGUGUGCGCUCCUACUGGCUCACGGUGCUGACCCCACCCUCCGGAACCAGGAGGGCCAGUCUCCUCUGGACCUGGUCACGGCUGAUGAUGUCAGGGCCUUGCUGACAGCGGCGAUGCCUCCCUCUGCUCUCCCUGGUUGUUAUAAACCUCAGGUCAUCAGCGUGGCGGCUGCAGCGUCGGCCUCUAGUUCUCCACCCAUUGCUGUCGUCUCGCCACUUCUCUCCUCUUCCUCCCCCUCCACCUCUUCCUCAUCCUCCUGCCCUGCCCCUCCUGUCCUCCUCCUCCCCUCUUCCUCUUCCUCCUCUUCCUCUUCUGGUCUGGACGCCACCACAUCAGCUACGACAGGCGCCGGCGAGGGAUCAGUGAGCGCUGAGAAGAAAGAGCAAGUUCCAGGGGUUGAGCUCAGUAUCCGUCAGUUCCUGAAGAACCUGGGUCUGGAGCAUCUUCUGGAGAUCUUUGACAGAGAGCAGAUCACUCUGGAUGUGCUGGUGGAGAUGGGUCACCGCGAGCUGAAGGAGAUCGGCAUCAACGCCUACGGACACAGACACAAGAUCAUCAAAGGAGUGGAGAGACUCAUCAGCGGGCCACAGAGUCUGAACCCUUAUCUCACGUUGAACACAGCCAACAGUGGAACCAUCCUGAUCGACCUCGCAGCCGACGACAAGGAGUUUCAGUCUGUAGAGGAGGAGAUGCAGAGUACGAUCAGAGAGCACAGAGACGGCGGCCAUGCUGGAGGAGUGUUCAACAGAUACAACCUGGUCAAGAUCCAGAAGGUCUGCAACAAGAAGCUGUGGGAGCGCUACACCCACCGCAGGAAGGAGGUGUCUGAGGAGAACCACAACCACUCCAACGAGCGCAUGCUGUUCCACGGCUCCCCGUUCGUCAACGCCAUCAUCCACAAAGGGUUUGACGAGCGCCACGCCUACAUCGGCGGGAUGUUCGGUGCCGGUAUUUACUUUGCCGAGAACUCGUCGAAGAGUAACCAGUACGUACACGGGAUUGGAGGGGGGACGGGCUGCCCGCUGCACAAAGACCGCUCCUGCUACGUCUGCCACAGACACCUGUUGUUCUGCAGGGUGACUCUUGGUAAAUCCUUUCUGCAGUUCAGCGCCAUGAAGAUGGCUCACUCGCCGCCGGGUCACCACUCGGUGACCGGCAGGCCGAGCGUCAACGGCCUCGCCCUCGCCGAGUACGUCAUCUACAGAGGAGAGCAGGCCUAUCCAGAAUACCUGAUCACCUACGAGAUCAUGAGGCCGGACUCUCCUGCAGACGGAUGAAGGAGGAGAACAUGGAGCUCAUCUCAUCCCCUCUGCUGAGCCUCUGCUUCAUUAACUGCAUGCACGAAGAAAAAAAACUUUAUUUAUACAAUGUAUAAAACAUGUAGGUUUUUAUCAGAUGCCUGUUUUUUUUCUAUUGUUUGUUUUAUGCACUUUAUUAACU